GUCAGCGAGACAGGUGGACACGGACAUUGGGCGGCUGGCGACACGGCGGGCGUCGCAUGGAGAUAUAUGUAGCGGCGCGUGGAAGCAGGCAGGCGGCAAGGCGCGAGAGAAAGCAGCAUGGUGCAGGCAACACAAGGUGACAAUGUUUCAAAAACAAGUCGAGUGGCUGGACGGGAGUGGCUCCUGCGGCGGCACCAGCAAGCGUGGGUCGAGUGCGGGAGGACGAGGUGCCCAGUCCCGACGACGGCUCGAGUGCCCCGUCAUUGCGUCGCUCAUCCGGGUGCGCAGAACAGAUGGAGUGCGAACUUUAACUCAUUGUCGUGCUGCCCGACCUGCUUCUUCACUUCUCGCCCUCACUUCACUCUCUUUUCUCUGUCCGUGUUGCCCAAUUACUGCGCUUGCUGCCUCAGCCCAGCCACCCGUUGCCCGUAUUAACCCCCAACAGCCAUCGCAAAUUUCCUACCCGACUCACUUCUACCAACCUCCCCUCCGGCACACUAACCGCUAAGGUAACUG